GUGCGGUGCGCCCUGCGAUCCAUCUUUCACCUGAGCUAGUCCAGAAUUAUUUCGGUAAGAAGAAUGAAUCCAUCCGCGGCUGCAGGAUGACGGGACUUUGGACGGGCGCGUUGAUGGAUGCGGCAACCGCAGGUUUUGGGCUCGGCGGCAGUUUGGAGGAAGGGCGAUUUGAAUUGAGAAAGAAGGCAGCGACCAAUUCGAAUUGGGGCGCUCUGAAAUGCGAGUUCGCCAAUGCGGUUGCCGUUGACAUUUGGGUUCGAAACAGCCAGUGCUAAUUCAUAAGGGGAAUCGCCACCAACAUCGUGCAUAUUGUAGCUACCAUGUCGAAGUCGAAGAACCACACGAACCACAACCAGAACAAGAAGGCUCACCGCAACGGCAUUAAGAAGCCCAAGGCCAACCGGUACCCUUCGCUCAAGGGUGUUGACCCCAAGUUCCUGCGCAACCAGCGUUUCGCCAAGCGCGGCACCUUCAAGGUUGUCCACAAGGCUAAGAUGGCUGCCAAGGCUGCCGAAGGCUGCCCAGCAGUAAAUAGCCCAAUGGCGCGUGAAGCUUCUUUUUUCUCGCUCAUUUUUUUCUCUGCUCGGCGGGACAUCUC